CAUUAUAUUUCACGUGUGUGCGCCCCAUUUUGUCGCAAAUCCACCAACUAAUCCCAUCACCCACUCCCCAAAACCUUUCUCCCUUUUUUAAUCCCCCCCUCUCUCUCUCCCUCUCUCGUCCCUUUAGAUUCUUCAAAUCUAUCUCUCUCUUUCCCGGCUUCAUCUCUCCCCACCGACAGCCAAACCUUCUCCCCAAACUCAUGGCAUCAGAGGAAGCAGCAUCCGAACCCCUCAGAUACAAGAGUUGGGUGUUGAAGGUAUCAAUCCACUGCGAGGGAUGCAAGAAGAAGGUGAAGAAAAUCCUCCAAAAGAUUGAUGGUGUUUAUACAAUUGAUAUCGAUGCUCCCCAAAACAAAGUGACGGUGACGGGAACCGUAGACGCCGAGACGCUCAUCAAGAAAUUGAUCAAGUCGAACAAGCACGCCGAGCUCUGGCCCGAGACGGAAUCUACCAACCCAAAUCCCAGCAGGAACAACAACAGCAAGAAUCAGAAGCAGAGCAAAGACGACUCCAAAUCGAAAGGCCCCAGUGAAAGCUCUGAUGACAAGGCAUCAUCCUCCGAUGGUGCCUUCAAUACCGCCGGUAAGCCCUCUUCCGACGCGAGCAAAAGUGAACAACGCAAAGCCGGCGAUGGCAACAAAGCUGAAGAAGCCGCCGGCGGCAAGCCCGCCGAGCCCAAGAAAGCCACCAGCGAAGCUUCCAAGAGUGACAACAAGGAGCCACCGAAAUCCGAUGAAAAUAACGCCGGCGAGGGCUCCAAUUCGGCGCCAGACAAGGCUGCCGGCCCUGCCAAUGGCGAGAAGGCCGCCGGCGACGGCGGCAAGAAGAAGGGAAAGAAAGCGCCGAGAAAGAACAACGAUAACAACGGCGGCGGCGGCGGAGAAUCUGUAGCUAAAGAGGAUGGUGGCAACAAUUCGGGGGCCGCCGGCGGCAUUAGCUCCCCGCCACCGCCGCCGCCGCCGCAGCAGCAGCAGCAGCAGCAGCAGCAGCACAUGUACCAUUACCCGGUAUACCAUCAUGACCCAGCAUACGUGAUGAGCUACAACACGGCGCAUCGGAGCGCAAGCCAAGCGUACGCCGCCCCGAUGCCACCGGUCUCUCAGGAACACUCGUACUCACCCUACCCUCCUCCGCCGGAGUUUUACUACGGUCCGCUGGAGCCGAGCUCAUCGAUGCCGCCGCCGCCGCCGCCGGGGUCCUACGACAACAUGUUCAGCGAUGAGAACCCAAAUGCUUGCAAUCUUAUGUGAGGAGAGCUGCCGGCGGCUGGCCGGAAUCCGGAGGCACCAGUACUACUACCAUCUUUAGCUUUAGGUAAAGCACUUGGAAUUUAAAUGAAUAUAUCCGUUGUGAGAUGAUGUUAAGCUUAUACUUCUUCUAAGAGUGGAAUAAUGGAUGCAGUGUUGGCAUUGGAGUUGGCUUGGUUUUGUUAACUCUUCUGUGUUGUAAAGCUAUAUUAGAGGUUGGUAUCAAUCUCUCAAUAGGCAAGUAAUAACAUGUCAAGUUCAAGGGCUCUAAAUGAGUUCCUUCUUUCUCCUUCUUCAUGGCCUUUUUUUAAACAAGUAAUAACAUGUCAAGUUCAAGGGCUCUAAAUGAGUUCCUUCUUUCUCCUUC